AUGAAUCAUCAAAUCUGUGGUAAUUUCAGGAAUCUGACCUCAUUAUCCUCGCUAGUUCGAGCUCUCUCUGUAUCCUCCGUCUCGUUCGUUGGGCAUGUUCCUUCUGCAGCUCUGGCUCCUCUUCCAAAUUCUAUCAGAUUGGAAGAUAAACACCCUUCCUCACUUGCAGCAGGUGAAACAAAUUCAAAGAUGUUGGGUGAAUUUGAACGGAUCACUUCUAUUAUAGGACUCCCACACUUUGCUGUUGGUAUCUGGCGCAACUGGGGUCGUGACACGUUCAUAGCUCUUCCUGGGUGUCUUCUACGCACUGGAAGAUUUUACGAUGCUAAGAACAUCAUCCUUUCCUAUGCUGGAUGUCUUCGUCAUGGACUUAUACCAAAUCUUCUCGCUGAGGGAAAAGCUUCCCGUUAUAACUGUCGUGACGCUGUCUGGUUCUGGUUGUAUUCGAUUGAGCGCUAUGUCCGACUAGCACCAAAUGGUCAUGAGAUUCUCAAAUGCCCUGUUAGACGUAUCUAUCCACAUGACGACAGCGUAUAUGGAAAUGACGUGCAGAUGCAGCACCUGAUCGACGUGAUGUAUGAAGCGUUGAAUCGACAUUUCGCUGGAAUUGAUUUCAGAGAACGAUAUGCUGGACCUCAGAUUGAUGAGCAUAUGAAAGACGAAGGUGAGGGAGUUAUUGAGGAAAAAUAG